UAGUUAUUCAGAAUCAACUUACUGAAAUGUUUCUUUGUUAUAGGAAGGCAAUUUCAAAGCAGAACACAGCUGUGAUGCACAUCUGUUUGAUGAAGAAGGCAUCACAAUUUCAUAGUCCCACUGCAAAAUUAGCUGCAUUGAAAAGUAAGAAAAAAGAUGACAGCAAGUGCAGAUGAUUUUCAAGUUCAGGAUCUUCUGAAGAAGAAGAAGAAAAAGAAAAAAUACAAAGAACAUAAGGAACAUGAAAAUGAUGAAAGAGAAAGCGUACAGGAUGCAGAGCUUUGCUCUGCUUCUCUACUUUUGCUUGAAGAUCAAGCAGCACAGAGUGGUGAAGGCUUUAAAAAGGAGAAAAGAAAAAAGAAGCAGGAGAAGCAGCAGUCUUUGUUAGGUGAUUCUUGUGUGGAACUGGAAAGUGACAUUAGUAAUGAAACUGGAGUGGAUGCUUCCCAAAAGAAAAAGAAGAAAAAGAAGUGGAAGCAUAAUGAUAAUACGGAUGAGGAAAGUAACGCUGUAUCUUGUAUCACAGUAAAUCAGAGUUGCUCUGAUAUUUGUCAGGAGAUUAACGCUGAUUACGUUUAUUUAAAGCUACCUGUGAAGAACAAAAGAAAAGAGAAAUUACCUGAAGAGGAUGAGGUGGGUGAGCUGCCUGAAUCCAUUUAUUUAGAACCACCUGUAAAGAAGAAGAAAAGAAAAGAGAAAUUACCUAAAGAGGAUGAGGUAGGUGAGCUGCCUGAAUCCACUUAUUUAGAACCACCUGUAAAGGUGAAGAAAAAAAAAGAGAAAUUACCUAAAGAGGAUGAGGUAGGUGAGCUGCCUGAAUCCACAUGUUUAGAACCACCUGUAAAGAUCAAGAAAAGAAAAGAGAAAUUACCUGAAGAGGAUGAGGUAGGUGAGCUGCCUGAAUCCACUUAUUUAGAACCACCUGUAAAGGUGAAGAAAAAGAAAGAGAAAUUACCUAAAGAGGAUGAGGUGGGUGAGCUGCCUGAAUCCACUUAUUUAGAACCACCUGUAAAGGUGAAGAAAAAGAAAGAGAAAUUACCUAAAGAGGAUGAGGUGGGUGAGCUGCCUGAAUCCACUUGUUUAGAACCACAUGUAAAGAAGAAGAAAAGAAAAGAGAAAUUACCUAAAGAGGAUGUGGUAGGUGAGCUGCCUGAAUCCACUUGUUUAGAACCACAUGUAAAGAAGAAGAAAAGAAAAGAGAAAUUGCCUAUAGAGGAUGCGGUAGGUGAGCUCCCUGAAUCCACUUAUUUGGAACCACCUGUAAAGAAGAAGAAAAGAAAAGAGAAAUUACCUAAAGAGGAUGUGGUAGGUGAGCUGCCUGAAUCCACUUAUUUAGAACCACCGGUAAAGGAUAAGAAAGGAAAAGAGAAAUUACCUAAAGAGAAUGAGUUAGGUGAGCUGCCUGAAUCCACUUAUUUAGAAGCACCUGUAAAGAAGAAGAAAAGAAAAGAGAAAUUACCUGAAGAGGAUGAGGUAGGUGAGCUGCCUGAAUCCACUUAUUUAGAACCACCUGUAAAGGAGAAGAAAGGAGAAGAGAAAUUACCUGAAGAGGAUGAGUUAGGUGAGCUGCCUGAAUCCAGUUAUUUAGAACCAUCUGUAAAGAAGAAAAAAAGAAAAGAGAAGUUGCCUAAAGAGGAUGAGGUAGGUGAGCUGCCUGAAUCCAGUUAUUUAGAACCAUCUGUAAAGAAGAAGAAAAGAAAAGAGAAGUUACCUAAAGAGGAUGAGGUAGGUGACCUGCCUGAAUCCACUUAUUUAGAAGCACCUGUAAAGGAGAAGAAAGGAGAAGAGAAAUUACCUAAAGAGGAUGAGUUAGGUGAGCUGCCUGAAUCCACUUGUUUAGAACCACCUGUAAAGAUGAAGAAAAGAAAAGAGAAAUUACCUAAAGAAGAUGAGGUAGGUGAGCUCCCUGAAUCCACUUAUUUAGAGCCACCUGUAAAGGAGAAGAAAAAAAAAGAGAAAUUACCUAAAGAGGAUGAGGUAGGUGACCUGCCUGAAUCCACUUAUUUAGAGCCACCUGUAAAGAUGAAGAAAAGAAAAGAGAAAUUACCUAAAAAGGAUGAGUUAGGUGACCUGCCCGAAUGCAUUUAUUUAGAACCACCUGUAAAGAAGAAGAAAAGAAAAGAGAAAUUACCUAAAGAGGAUGUGGUAGGUGAGCUGCCUGAAUCCACUUAUUUAGAACCACCUGUAAAGGAGAAGAAAGAAGAGGAAUUACCUAAAGAGGAUGAGGUAGGUGAGCUGCCUGAAUUCACUUGUUUAGAACCACCUGUAAAGAUGAAGAAAAGAAAAGAGAAAUUACCUAAAAAGGAUGAGUUAGGUGACCUGCCUGAAUCCACUUAUUUAGAGCCACCUGUAAAGAUGAAGAAAAGAAAAGAGAAAUUACCUAAAAAGGAUGAGUUAGGUGACCUGCCUGAAUCCACUUGUUUAGAACCACCUGUAAAGAUGAAGAAAAGAAAAGAGAAAUUACCUAAAAAGGAUGAGUUAGGUGACCUGCCUGAAUCCACUUAUUUAGAACCACCUGUAAAGGAGAAGAAAGGAGAAAAGAAAUUACCUGAAGAGGAUGAGGUACAUGAGCUUCCUACCUCAGAAACACAUGACAGAAAUGGCAGUGAAAGAUCACCAAGCAAGGAGAAUAUAUGCAGCAUUAUCCUAGUUAUACAAGAAGAAGCAGAUGUAACUGUUGACCAGUCACUGUUGUCACCUGCAGAGCAAAACGGGCAAGGGAAAGGCAUAGAGCUGCCAUUAGCUACAGAAGCGGAUGGUGUGGCAUCGUCCCAGCAAUGCCAUGAUGACGGUGACUGUGAUGCUUCUCCUGCCAGGAGAGAAGAUUCUAUGGUUGUACCUGCUAAUUUGUCUAAGAUGACUAAAGCAGCUAAUCGGCCUUCUAAAUAUCGUUCAGUGCGCUCUAAGAAGAGAAAAAGCAAAGCUUAUAUCUCAGACGAAGGCUCUUCAGAUUCUGAUGUAACGACACCAGAACCAUUGGCAUUAAAUAGAAGGGAGGACCAGAAUAGUUCCCUUAGUAGAACAGUAACCACAGAUGACGGCAAUCUGGAUGAUGAUGAUGAUGAUGACCUGGACUCUACCAUAUCUUUCAUGGAUUUGGAUACCGCAAAACAGGAACUGGAAGAGUUUAUUCCUCAUGUGAGGAAUAUGUCAGACAGUUCAGUCAUGAAGAUGGCUGGAAGCGACCUAGUGAGGUUUAAAGAGUUUAAAAAACAAGGUAUUGCUGUCAGGUUUGGCAGAUUUUCCGAGAAGGAGAAUAAUCAAAUCCGGAAAAAUGUUGGACAGUUCUUAGAAAUGACUGGGAUAGAUAGUGCUGAGAAAGUCCUGUUUACCUCGAGGUAUCCAGAAGAGAGAAGAACCAUCAAUCGCAUAAAAGCAAAACAUCAAUUUUUUGAAAAAAUUGCUGAGGGCAUACCACGACCCUGGGCACUGGUAUACUACCGAGCAAGGAAGAUCUUUGACCCACAUAAUUAUAAAGGGAGGUACACUAAUGAAGAAAAAGAAAAAUUGAAACAGUAUCAUGCUCUGCAUGGCAAUAAUUGGAAGAAGAUUUCUGAGAUGAUGUCCCGUUCUAACCUCUCACUUGCUAUGAAAUACUCUGAACUCAGGUCAGCUACUAAUUAUGGCCCUUGGUCAGCGGAAGAGAUCCAGAAGUUGAUGUCUGCAGUGGAGGAGGUGAUUAGGAAAAGAAUAGGAGUGGAAGAUGGAAAUCCAAAUAGAGAGAUCGUAGUUGACCGUGAGAAACUGUACCAGAAAUUACCGUGGUCUGAAAUUGAAACUAAAGUGGGAACACGAUAUUGGAGACAAUGUAAACAGAAAUGGCUUACAAUUUUAAAAAACAAGUUGAACAGAGGACGGCAGUUAUGUAGGGGGACCAAAGGAUUACAAGCCAAAAUCACUCUUAUUAAAAGGUUGCAUGAACUGAACGUGGAGGAUCCUAGUGAAGUAAAGUGGGAAGAAUUUAGUGAUAUUAUCGGAGAUGUCCCUAAAGAGUACAUUCAAGAAAAAUUUUAUAAGCUAAAAGUUUCCUUUGUCCCUUUAUGGCGAAGAAAGACUUUUUCCGAAAUUGUUGAUUACCUUUAUGAAAAGAAACUUCCAGAAUUUGAAGAAAGGCUUGAAAAAGAUAAGGAGAAAAACCCUAGUUCUGACAUCUCAGAACCUGUGCAACAGAAGAAGGAGAUCCUAUUCAGUGACAUUUUUGACACCAGUGAAGACAGCGAUUGACUGCCCUAAAGACAGUACCUAGUGUCCACAUUGAACUAUAAAAUGGAUGUGGUUGAAAGUGGGCACAGACUAAGGCAGGUGGCCUUAGUAGUGCAGGUACACAGGGUAUCUAGUGAUGGAGAAAGUAAAGAUACAUAUGUCUGAUUCUCUUGUUUCAUAUUGAAGGCAGGUAAAUACAGUUUAAGCAUUCAACUUGCUGAAUGUCUCAAAACCGGUAUUUUUCCACUACUUUGUUUUCUGUGGAGUUGAAAGCUGCUCUUUAGCUUUUAUGCAUAAGCUUGGUUUUCAGAACUUUAAUAUGUUUUAAGUAAUUUUUUAAAAUACCAGUGACUUGGGAAAGGACUUUUAGUUUGCUUUAAAAUCUCUGUAAUAAACAUCUUAAUUGUCUGUUUUAAUGGAAAAAGCACGACUUUGUGUUGUUUUGGGGUUGUUUUUUUAACAGGUGUCUUGUUCUUAAAAGCAACUGAUUUUUAUUUUUGAUGUAGACUGACACUGUUAUCAGCCUUAUAGAGAAAACGGAUUUUUGUCCAUUGCUAUUCAUAA